ACCCCACUCUUCUUUUUGCGGAUUGGUCUGUGGAUGAAGUUGAGCUGCAUUGUUUAGCUUGUAAGCAGACCAAUCACAGAGCAAGCAGCAUGUCGCUUCUGAGUAUAUAUGUAAGAGGAGGGCGGUGUUUUAGAGACAUUUCUCUCAGUGUUUCUGUUGAAAGAGAGACUCUUUUAUCUCAUUGAACCUCGCAAGCAUGUCUGGAAGAGGGAAACAAGGCGGCAAGACCCGUGCUAAGGCAAAGACUCGCUCGUCCCGGGCCGGUCUCCAGUUCCCAGUCGGUCGAGUUCACCGUCUGCUGAGGAAGGGAAACUAUGCGGAGCGUGUGGGAGCCGGUGCCCCGGUGUAUCUGGCCGCAGUACUGGAGUACCUGACGGCUGAGAUUCUUGAGCUUGCCGGAAACGCCGCCCGCGACAACAAGAAGACCCGCAUCAUCCCCCGCCACCUGCAGCUGGCUGUGCGUAACGACGAAGAGCUCAAUAAACUGCUCGGUGGGGUGACCAUCGCCCAGGGAGGCGUUCUGCCCAACAUCCAGGCCGUGCUGCUGCCCAAGAAGACCGAGAGCCACAAACCAGCUAAGAGCAAGUGAUUUCACUGCUAGAUACUUGUCCCCGCAACACAAAGGCUCUUUUCAGAGCCACC